AUGAUCUCACCAUUUUGACAAAAAAACCUCAUCUUUUCCCAUUUCCUCUAUAAAACCAGCUCCAACUUCUCUCUCUCUCCUUCAAAACAGAAACCCAAAAAUAAAAUUCGUUGCUUUUCUUUGAAUAUUUGUUUUGUGAACUAAGAUGGGUCGGUCCCCUUGCUGUGAUGAAAAUGGUGUGAAGAAAGGGCCAUGGACGGCUGAGGAAGACGAGAAGUUGAUUGAUUACGUCGCUAACAACGGCCAUGGAAGCUGGAGAGCUCUCCCCAAGCUUGCUGGGUUGAAUAGGUGUGGCAAGAGUUGUAGGUUAAGAUGGACUAACUAUCUUAGACCCGAUAUUAAGAGAGGCAAAUUCUCGCCUGAGGAAGAAGCCUCCAUUAUUAAACUUCAUUCCUUUCUCGGGAACAGGUGGUCGAGAAUCGCGAGUCAUCUUCCCGGAAGAACGGAUAACGAAAUCAAGAACUUUUGGAACACCCAUUUGAGGAAGAAGCUUCUACAAAUGGGAAUUGAUCCGAACACCCACAAGCCAAGAACAGACCUAAAUCCAUUUCUCAACAUUUCUCAGUUGUUUAAUGGGAUAACAAGUCCUUUAAACAGCGAUCACCUCAAGUUGCAAGCUGAGAUAGCCAAGCUCCAAUUACUGCAGAAUCUGUGCCAACUUCUAAACACACCCACCAUUAUUCCUUAUGUUGCAAACUCCGCCAUGGAUGGACUUCAAAACCCUAACCCUAACCCCAACCAGUUCCAAGCUGGGUUUUCGACCGGUUUCGUGUCGGUGCCAGGGUUCGAAGACGGGCGUAAGAAUAAAGCGGAGUUGGAAGAAAGAUGUGAUUAUGUUCAAGUUGAAGAAACUGAGAAUUAUUAUCCAGUACUUCCACCAUUGAUUUCAGAGUCUCCAGGUUCAGCUUCAAAUGUCAACCAAAUUGAGAGUGAAAUUUCAAACUCACCAGCUGCAGACUCUUCAAUUUUUGAUAGUUUGGAGUCUCUUAUGAAUGAUGAGGAGGCAAAUGGGUCCUACUGGAAUGAUAUUCUACGAUCAACAAUUUGAUUUCUCACACAGCUUUCAUGGAGAGACAUUCAUAUAUAUAGAUAUACAAGUGCAUCUCAUGAUUUUGAUUGGAAGGGUCUUGUCUUUUGUUAGAUAAUAUUGGGGAAAAGACUGUAGCGCUGUGGUCUUAUUCUUUUUUUUUUUCUUUAUUGUGUUCAUAAUUUCAGAGCUGAAUCCAUAUGUUACAUAAAUAUGUCCAAAUUCAAUGUUUAAACUUUAAAGUUUGGGGGUUACAGGGUAUAGACUAUUUAGUUGAUUGCAUUAAAUCUUUUUCUUGUAUUUUGUUUUGUACCAUACCAUCA